AUGGCGAGAAAUUUGUUCUCAGUCCCUAUUUUCUUCAUCGUCUUCCGCGAGACGCUGGAGGCAGCCAUAAUCGUUUCUGUUCUCCUAGGCCUGGCAGAGCAGAUCGUACAUGACGACAACUCAGAUGACUCGCGGGCACCAGCGGCGACAACGCCAUCCACACCCUCUGAAGAGGAUAAACAGUCGGCCAGCGAAAUCUCUGAUUCCAGUCCCGCUGGCAACGACGCAGUUCAGCGCCGACGUCUCGUUCGUAAACUACGCAUUCAAGCUUCUGACCUCUGGUCCAAGUCGGAGGAACUAUGGGAAGGUAUCUUCGAACUUAUCGCGUCACUCAUGAUAUUUGUCAUGGGCAUUACAAUGCUCAAGAUGGACAGAGCCAAGGCAAAAUGGCGCGUCAAGCUAUCUCGCGCGUUUGAGGGAAAACAGGCCGACGGCAAAGCUCGAACUGGGAAAUGGGUGCUUUUCAUCUUGCCGCUCAUCACUGUCUUAAGAGAAGGUCUAGAGGCCGUGAUCUUUGUUGGCGGAGUAUCGUUGGGACAACCUGCGACUUCGAUUCCUAUUGCCGCCAUCGUGGGGCUCGUAUGCGGAUUCGCAUGUGGACUUGUCAUCUAUGAAUUUGCGAGUCGCUCCACUUUGACUAUCUUCCUUGUGGUCAUGACCAACUUCCUGAUGUUAAUUGGCGCUGGCUUGUUUAGCAAGGCAGUGGGGGCUUUCCAAGAGAAUGCUUUCAACAGGUUGCUUGGCGCAGACGUCGAUGAUGCAGGCGGUGAUGGCCCAGGGUCAUACCUUGUCCAAGGGAAUGUGUGGCAUCUUGACUGCUGCAACCCAGACAGCAAGUUCGAUGGCGAAGGUUGGACCAUUUUCGGAGCCAUUUUUGGGUGGACUAAUAACGCCACCUUGGGAACCGUGCUGUCUUACGUGUUCUAUUGGCUGGCAGUCAUCGUUGCCCUGAUCUAUAUUAAAUUUAAAGAGGGAAGGACUACACUCAUGGGACAAGAAUCUGCAGCUGGUGUUCGCAGAAGAAGAGCGAGGGAAAUCAAAGAAAUUGAAGCCAACGAAAAGGCAACUGAGUCACCACAAGAAGGCUCCUCCCCUGACGUAGCCACUCUUCCUCGCUGA